GACAUGCCGCAUGAUGGGUGAGAAGAAGAAACCGUUAAAGGGUGGACAAAAAUGGGUGAGAAAGGAUGAGAACCCAACAGAAAAUUCUCAAAAGUUGGAAGGCUCAAUGGAUACGGUCGGAGAGGCUCCGGUAGUUACUGAGAAACAUAAAUUCCACACGGCAUGUAAUGAAGGGAAGGACGGGUUGGAGGUAGAAGAUGAUUGUGAUGGGCUGGAUGGGAUGCGGAUUGGUGAUGGGCUGCGAGUUGGAAGCCCAGAAUUUGUGCCGCUCACUCUCGGGGAUGAAAAGAAACCAUCCGUUGCUCCUACGGGCCCGAUCCUUCAGAUAAUGGGUCAACCUACAUUGGGCUUGGACUUGGAGAUUAUAGGUGGGGAGAUGGACUCAUGCAAGAAUAAUCAGCUAGUGGUAGUUACGGAUUUAAAUGAGGAUGGGCUUAGUGAGAUUAAAAAUCGGAUAACCGUGAUUAAUGAAGGUGCUCAAGUGGAAAAAUUUAUUUCCAAUGUUUCUGCUGCUUUGGCUGAGAAAGAAGUUGAUGAGGCACAAUCGGAAGGCGAACCUGAUAGAGACAAGCUGAAAGAUGACAUGCGAAAAGAUUAUUGCUCUGAUUCUGAAAAACCUUGGAAAACGAGGAUUCUGAUCGGAAGGGAGGCCGAGCUCGUCCUUUUGCAGCGAUGGAAGACUUUAAUCUGUGCAUCCAAAAUUGUGGUCUGCUUGAUAUGAGUUCCAAA